AUGCCCUCACCGGGCGACAACUACGCCAUUCACAAAGUCUCUAAUCCAAAUGCUAACCUGUUGGCCCUCUCCUCUGCGGGUACCAGUCGUAAGAAAGCGCGCUGCCCGGGCGAAAAGCCCGUUUGUUCCUUAUGUCAACGCUUGGGACAGCGCUGCUCCUACGGGUCGCAGGCAGCACCGGCACCGGGACCUGGUUCGGCACGUCGCUUGAACGAGCCGAGCGAGGAGAGCCAGGCUGAGGAUGCCGGUUCACAGCGCCUGCAGCGCAUCGAGAGGAGGUUGGACGAGAUGGCGGGCAUUCUGCAGGAGAGCCUGUCCAGAGGCAGUAGUUUACUCUCUAUCGAUUCACACCAUCCCUCUGGCCGACUUAGCACGGGCGGACUUGCCGCUCCAUUUACUGGUCUAAAUGAGGACCGGGAGGUAUACAGCACUUUUUCGCUCGCCGACUAUAUCAAAUCCCAAGUCGAAGUAUAUCUCGCGUACUUUCAUGAUCAGCCCUUUUGUGUCUUCUCGAAAGAUUGGUUGUUGGGGAGGGCUUCGUCAUUACCCGCAGAAAUUGCACUCCCGCUAGUUGCCUUAACAUCUCGUCUUUCUCUCCAUCCUCGUGUGACUUUCGGCAGCACAAUACCCCCGGCCGAGCAAUGGGUCGACAAAGCCUGGGAUACUUUGUCAAAUCGUUAUAGAGACAGCCAGAUGGGGCUUUCGUUUCUCCAGGGCACUUUUUUGAUGGCGCAAGUGGACUUCGCCGACGGACGAGCUCAUCGAGCGUAUAUGUCGUGUGCAUUAGGAAUUCGAACUCUCCAGUCUGCGGGACUGAACAAGGAUCUCUUCUCCUCAUCUCUGGAUAGUUCCCACCUGGAGGAGCGGAGACGCAUAACGUGGGCCUUCUUUAUGCUCGACCGCACCUAUAAUGCGUCUCGCAACUAUUCACUUUGCUUGGCGGAUAAGCAAUAUACUAUUCCUUUCCCUUCGCCCGACCCGGAAGAGUCAAGCCCUGGUUCCACCUCGCAGAAUGAACUAGACAAGGAAGGCGAUACGGUGGACAACAGCAUUACCUCCUGCUUGAUCCGACUGUUUGCACUCUGGGGCAAGGCCACCGAGUAUGUUUUUGAGCCUCCCGACGAAAAGGCACUUGCUCCGUGGCAAUCCGGAUCGGCCUUUGCCAUUCUUGAAUCCGAGUGGAUGCAAUUUGAAACCCAGUUCCCUAAUGCCCACCGUUAUCUCAACGUUGAGUCCGAGUUACGGGCCGGCAAAAAAUCGCGGAAUGGGGCCUAUUUGCCCACAUGGCUGUGUGUGCAGUUUCUCCUUCAUUCCAUUCAAUGUCUUCUACAUCAUCCUUUCGUGAUUAUGAUCAAACUGCGACACAUCACCGGUAAUCUAUCUUCAACGUUCCUACAGAAGUCAUUCGAAAGCUCCCUUCUUCACUCGAGGUGGAUUGCUCGCUUGAUUAAGGAAAUGUCGAAUGCCGACUCCCGACCUUAUGAUCCCUUUCUAGCAUACCUCGCUGCUAUUGCCGCCACUAUCCAGCUCGAAUAUACCGUUAGCAGCAACCCGGACGUUGCCCGACUCGUGAACAAGGAAUUCCAGAUCCUUAUUGAUUUUAUGACAAAGGUUUCUGUAAACUGGAGUAUUAUCAGAGUCUUGGUUGGUCGGGUAAGCGAAUUGGCGCAUCGAAGACGAAACUUCGGAUCUCUUUACUACAACCAGGAUGGAUAUUCCGGGGCGCUCCCGAGUAUGCCGACUCCCUCAAACAUUCCUAAAAUGUCGAUGGAAGACGAAGCACUUAUGUGGGAUAUUCUGGACAUCAGCUCUUCGUCAUUCUCUGGGGGGCUGGCCCAACACAACGACCUAGUUCCGCCGCCAAACCGACAAGCCGUAGUGCGUUUACCAGAGCAUUUCCCUUCCUCAGCAGCUCCGGGGGUAGUAGAGGACCAUCAGAAUAGAGAUGAAAAUGAGUCGAUGCGACCGGAUCUCUCCGCCCCGGAAAUGCCGCUUCUUGAUGGGCGUGUAUUGGCCUUAAUGGCCGAGGACCCGGCCGGGUGGUCGUUUGCGGGAAGAAGUAAUAGCGACGAGUUUGGGAACGCGAUUCCCGACCUUCCAGACUGGAUGGUAUCGAGUGGUCAUAUGCCCGAGCAUCUGUGA